AUGGAUCAGCAAAUGAAUGUGCUACUGCAAAGUGUGCGAGUCGAAGUCGAUAUUGUGGAUCUCUUUGAUUUCGCACAAGAAAGUACCCGCAAUUGGAAAGAAGGCAACGAAAUAUUCAAGAACAAUCAUGUGAUUGUAGUUGGAGUGACGAAAGUGGCCGGGGAAUCGAUUCACAUUUUUUGCAGCUGCCUUCGUGGAUCGAAUCCGUCAGAACCACCAAGGGAGAUUCGAAUGGUAACAUCCAGCGAACUGCGGAAUUGGGAAAUAUCGUGUUCGUGUCCUGCCGGAAAAUUCCGAUGCAAGCAUCAAUUUGCCUGCCUCCUCUUCAUUCACAGAAAUAAGGAUCUUGAAAUACUAUCUGCAACAGAUGUGCGUCAACAGUGGGGUAAAGUAGCCAAAAUACAAGCUGAAGCGCUUUACGAACCUGUGCCUCUUUCUGGAUUGUGUAAUCAGCGCAAGAGGAACACAUCGGCUACGGUAUCGGAUGAUCUUAGCUCGUCCAUAUUCAAUCUGUUCAUAUCAGAGCUUCCUGGUUCUGCUCUCGCAAAGUCGAUGAUUGGCCGCAAUACAUUGCGACCUAAAGAAAGUGAAAUGGAAUCAUCUGCGUUACCAUCAGCUGAGCUGCAGAUUGAGUCAUUGCCCGAAUCAUUCAACCAAAACCUACCAGAAUGGAAUCCUCUCCAAAAUCAACCAACGGACGUUAUCGAGAAAGAAGAUAUCCAGCAAGAAAUCAAGUUGGCACAAGCUUAUCUAAGACCGUUCAUCGCCAAUCCGUUGGUCACAGCAAGAUGGAAAUAUUACCAUGGACCGCUGCUCGAUUUCAAAUUGCACCUCUUCUAUGAAUAUCGGGUAUGUGUUUCAUCGGAAGAAAGCCUUUCGAUAUGUGCUGAAACGCAUAAUCAGUCCAAUGACAUCUGGCGUAGGGAAAGGCGUAUGCGCAUAACGGCUAGUGAGUGCUACGACCUCUACACUUACUACUUAAACGACACUGGAGAUCGCGACUGGAAUAAAAAGCUGUCAUCGAUUCUGCAUCCGCUAGAAAAACGACUUCCGCCGUUAUUGUAUGGAAAGCAGAUGGAAGGACAUGCUCUGGACUGCUACAGGAAAAAGAAUCCAGGGAAAAACGUUAUAAGAAUGGGACUUGUUAUUCCGCCAUCAGCCCCGUUCCUUGGGUGUUCACCGGAUGCUGUAGUGGUGGACGAUGCUAAACUGAUUGAGAUUAAGUGUCCGUUUUCGGGAAAGGAUAAGUGCAUGUCAGAAAUGAUUGAAGGAUUGAAAUGGAUUGAAAAGAAAACAGAAAACUACACUCUUAGAAAAAAACAUGCAUACUACGGGCAAGUACAGUUAGGCAUGUGCUUGACUCGAACAAAAUCAACGGAUUUGGUGAUUUACAGUGCAUAUGAAAAUGAUUAUUUUUUGAUUAAUGUGCCAUAUGAUAGUAAUUUUAUUGCGAAAAUGUUUCCUGUAUUGAGAGAAAUUUAUUUCAACAUUUUUUUGCCAAUGCUUUGCGCAGAAUGAAUGAAAAUACAAACUAUAAAUUCUUCAAA